CAAGUACUUCUACUAGAAAUCAAUGGAUUCGAAAGAGAACUUGAAGUAUUAGUUGAGUUCCUAGAUCGGCGUCUCACUCUUGACUUUUUAGAGGAUUCCUGUGUAGUAGGGAGGAUACAAGACCGUUUGAUCGAUAAUUUGAGCGGCUCAACAGUUGUCACAGAGUAGAUACUUCCAUCCCCACUUCCAUCAACUUCUCUAACAGGAGAUUGAGGUUGUUUCAAGUUCAGUUUAACAGGAGCAACUAUAGGUCCAGCGGUUGAUGGUUGAUGACGGGUAGUUGAAGAUGGAAUAGGUUUCGUUGGAGAGGCCAUCUUAGUUGAUUUACCCACCUCUUUGUUAAGAAUUUGCAGAACUUCCUUAGAUGAAUAUAUACAUUUAAAGCUGCGAUUCUCUUCAAGAAUGUUGGGUAUCUUUGUGAUGGCAUCCUUCAGAACCGGAGGAAGAGUGUGGAAAUCAAUUGGAGCGUGGGGUUGAUCAUUUUUAAGGACAAUUCCAUCCGUUGUAGUAGAAGCCAGAGCGGAUGAAAUAGACUCGACAAGGAAAUCAUUAUGCGAUUGA